AUGACCAAUCACAAUGGCAACAAAAAUGGCAACAAUCCUAGAGUUGUCAACGCUGAUAACACUACUGGUAGAAACAUUAUAAUUCUGUUCAAUCCAGUGUCCCGAUUACCCCUCAAACUAAGCGGUGGUCACAACUUCGCCAUCUGGAAAGCCCAAUUGUCCAUGCUUAUGUAUUGCAACAACCUCUUAAGCCAUCUCUAUGGGACCACUCUAUCCCUCAGUAGCACGAUUACCCUUGGCACAAACACAUCUCCUAAUCCAUCCUUUUUAACUUGGUUCUGUCUGGAUAAAAUCAUCAAGAAUUCCCUCAUGACUUCUGUCAAACCCACUAUUGCUUCUAUUGUUACUGCCGUAGACUCAACUAAAUUAGCUUGGGAUGCUGUACAUACCACUAAUGUGAACAGGUCUCAAACUCGGGUCUUUAGUUUUCCUGAUCAGCUUGCCCAUGUCACUAAAGAAUCCCACUCCAUUAUUGAUUAUCUUCACACUAUUCGGUCUAUUUCAGAUGAGUUAGCCACUGCUGGUGCUCCUCUGUCCAAUCCGUAA